CUCUGAUUGCUAAUUGCUUGCCCUUUCAAACAGAUCUAAAAAGACUCGUACCCAUGGAUUCAGCCGGAGAGGUGGCGUCGAAAUCAGCCGGUCCGGCGUCGGUGUCGUCGGUCCGAUCGGCAGAUUCAGCCGAAGAGGUGCUGCCGCUGCCGCCAUGCUACUCGAACAGGUGUGAGAGUUGCCGGAAGAAGAUGGGGCUGGUGGCGUUCAAUUGCAAGUGCGGGUUCACCAUCUGUGUGGCCCACCGCUACUCUGAGACGCACAAUUGCAGUUUUGAUUUCAAGGCUGGCGGAGAUGGGGCGACAGGAGACCAUCCCAGCCCGCUCGAGGAUGUCAUGGGUAAACUGAGUCUGAUGGAGAAACAUCCCAGUGGAGGUGGUAUUGCCGUCAUGGGUUUGUCGUUGCCUGGAGCCGUUUUGACGCCCACGUCCACGACCCCGAUUUCCGCCGCCACGUCCUUGCCCUCGUCCAAAGCCUCCGCGCUAUCCCGGGUUGCCGUCACCGUAGCUGCUGCCGCCGUGAUUGCCGCCAUAGCCGCUGCCACCGUGUGUCCCGCCAUGGGGUUGACCGCCGGCACGGGUAGUGAGCAGGGCCGUGCUGUCGGGUUCAACGGGUUUAGACCGUUGGCGUUCCAAGAGCAUGAGAGCCGAUCUAACUUGAAGAAAAUUCGGCAUCGGAUCCUGAAACUGCAUGAACGAGGUUUGAGCCUGAAGAUCAUCGGGAAGCCCUCGGAGCAUCUGGAGGACCAGUUGGUGCUGGGAGACCGGUGCAUCGACGUCAUCCAACCAGUCGGCAAGGUUUUGGAGUUGCUGGCAAUAGACCGCCAUAGAGGUGGAGCCCUUGAUGGUGGUGCGAAAUUCAUGCUCCAACUGCAUAGCCCGGGCAUUUUUGUUGUCGUGAAAUAGGUCGUGGAUGACCUUCUAGAGAGCAGAAGCAGUGGUGAGAGAAGAGAGUACCAGAUCUGAAACUUCGUCGGUGAUGGUGGAGAGAAUCCAACCCUGGAGAAGAGCAUCGAGUUGGCACCAUUCAUCAUCGUCGUCGGAGAGGGGGACGACAGAUCCAUCGAGAUAUCCCUGAAGGUUAAAUUG